CUUGAACUGCCCCCUCGCGACCACGCCCUUUGCCUGUAGCAGCCCGUACUCGCGCAUGGAGCCAUGAAUGCAUUUGUGAUUGGAGUUUCACACGAGCCCGCGUGUCGCUGAUUUCUGCCUUUACCGUCGGGCGAUUGCUCUUGCCAGCACAGAGUACCUGCUCAUCCACUCGGCGCCCUCUCCUACGCGUCCUGGCUGGCUUCGCUCGCUCCCAAGCUGUGCAGCGCCCUCUCACACCUGCCCGACGCCUCCGCCCCGCGAAUCCGCCGUGUAGUUUCCUUGCCAUCGCUUCCAUACGUCGCCGCGCACAGGUCCGUGGCUGCAACCAACGCCGCCCAUCGCCAUGAUGAAUGCUCGCAGGGAGAGCUGGGCUAGGGUCGCGGCUGGAUCCGCAGGUAGCAGCAGCAGCUCCUUCCACCAACCCUCUCGAUCCUCCGCCUUUUCGCAUCUCGUCAACAACAGCCUGGCAGCAAACCCCAACCGUCUCUCUCGCUCCAUCGACGCCGACGGCCACAUGUCCACGAGCCUGGGAAGGACCGGCGGACCGCUCCCCUCCUAUUCGAGCCAGUCUGGAUACUGGAACGCCAUGGGAGGCUCGGCCCAGGAUGUUCCCCCCUUCUUCGUACCAUCCUACCUGCGGGGAUCCAAGCAUGCAGAGAAGCUGGAAGAGGCGCACAGGGCGAAACUGGCAGCGCACCGCGAACUCAAGUCGACACACUCGUCCAACGCCGGGUCGCUAUCGACGAGCUCGAGCAGCGUCAAUCUCCACAAGAUGGCGCCUUCACACCGCGGUCUCACGCACGAAAUCAUUGAGCGCGCGCCUGUGCUUGUAGACGAGCCGGUGGCACCCUGGCCAACACGAUGGAACGAGGGCGACCGGUUCAGCCAGCUGGAACUCGAGGACAACGGGCGAAUGGCAAAGUUCUCGGGCACACAAAAGACACACGACGAAGCGGCAGCGGUGCGCGCAGAUUUCCCCAUGCCCAGGCAAUGCGGAGUUUAUUAUUACGAAAUCACAGUCAUUUCAAAGGGCAAGGACGGUAGAAUGAUUGGAAUCGGCUUCUCAGGUCCAAAGGUCGCAUUGAGCCGCAUACCGGGCUGGGAGCCCGACUCGUACGCUUACCACGGCGAUGACGGGCAGGUCUUCAGCAAUACCACUUCUGGAAAGUCGUACGGGCCAAAGUUUGGCACCCUGGACGUCAUCGGCUGCGGUAUCAACUUUCGGACAAACACGGCCUUCUUCACCAAGAACGGACACAUGCUGGGAAUUGCUUUUAGAGACCUGAAACCCAACAUGCCCUACUACCCUACGGUUGGGAUGAAGAAGCCUGGCGAGACGGUUCGCGUAAACUUUGGCCAGGAGCCUUUUGCUUUUGACAUUGAUAAGAUGGUGCAAGAUGAAAAGUCGGCCAUACAAGCAGAGAUUGCUCGAACAAAGCCAGAGUUUAGUGCGGCAGCAGACGAGGAUGCGUUAAUACACCAGCUAGUGGGGCAAUACCUAGCUCACGAUGGCUAUGUCGAGACUGCACGAGCAUUUUCAGACGAGAUUCUGGACGAGGCGAAAGCGCUUGUCAACGACGAAAACGCAGACCUCCCUUACCGGGCAGCUGUAGAAGACCUGGAUGCGCUGAACCGGCAAAAAAUCCGCACAGCCAUUCUUGAGGGCGACAUUGACAAGGCGCUAAAGCACACAUCUGCAUACUACCCCUCUGUUCUCCGCGAGAAUGAGAACAUAUACUUCAAACUACGCUGCCGGAAAUUCAUUGAAAUGAUACGACGGUGCGGCGAGCUCAAUGCACAAUGCCACUCAGCUUCUGCGCCUUCUAAACGCUCAACUGGAAUGGCGCAAAACAACCGCAAUUCAACAGCUACAGAAGAAUACGACUUUGAAAUGGAGCUGGACGAACAGUUGGGUGUGCACAAUCCACCACCCAGUUGGGAUAACAAGGACCAGGAUGACGAGUUGGAUGACGAGGAUGAAGAGGAUAUGCAGGACAAAGAGGCUAGGAGUGCUCGAGCCACGGACGAAACGAUUGCCUACGGCAUGGAGCUGAAGGCCGAGUUUGCCAAUGAUCCAAGACGAGAAGUCAAGAAGGCACUCGAGGAUACGUUUGCUCUCAUUGCCUACCCUGAUGCUCGAGAGAGUAUGCUAGCGCCUUUACUAGAAGUUGCUGGUCGCGCGCCAGUAGCCGAAGAGCUCAACAGCGCGAUACUAGUCUCCCUAGGCAAAUCCUCUUCAGCCGCUCUCGAACGCCUCGUCCAGCAAGCAGAAGCCCUCGUCACGGAACUAGCAGACGACGGUGGGCCUGGCGCCUUUGUCAAUGUCCGGAGAGAUUUCUUACAAUAGUAACUAACUACUAUCACAUCCCCCCCCAUCCUCCUUCCCACUCUCCUCUCCUCUUGUUUUCUUUUUCUACCCACUGCUUGCAUGCAGAGUGUGAGAAACGGGGGAAAAAAACUUCACUUCGCAUGGCAUGAGGCAUCGAAGCACAAG